GCUUCAGUCAGAUAAAUAGAUAAAGGGUGUAGAAAAUGAAAAGAGUUUCAUUGUCUCCCAAUAUCCAUUUCAGAUUCUACUGCUUGAAGCAAACCGCAUAUCAACUUUAUUAUUUGAACUCUACACCGAUCUGAGUCGCUAUUUCAACAUGGAGGGAGCUUUUGGCAGAUAUAUCACCUCCCCAUUAUUCACCUUUCAAAUCGGCCCCGACAAGAAGGAAAUCACAGUGCACUCUGCUCCUCUGGCCAGACUUUCGCCAACACUCGAUACACUGAUGAAUGGCAGAAUGAAUGAAGCAAAAAGUAGACACGCUCACUGGUCCGACGUCGAUGAAGACACAUUUAUUCGGUUAUGCGAAUUUGCGUAUAAUCGCGACUAUACGCCGCCUUCUUGCGUCGAGUUUACGCAAGACCCUCCUAUACUCCAAGAUACCGACAUGACUAUCAGGAAGAAAUCGGCUUCGAUAACAAGACGGAAAAAGUGGAUGAUGAACUAUGACGAUGUCCCGCCAGCGCCCGACUGGGAUGAACCUGAACCUGUACCUGAACCUGAACCUGAACCAGAGCCGGUGGCCGAGGGGGAAGUGCCAGUGGAGGACUGCCAAUUGCCAUACACAGAGAAGAGCAUAUGGACUCGACAUCUGCAUGAUGCAUUUAAAGAGUCGAUAUUGCAUCCUUUCCCUGCCGAUGAGAGCCCAACCGAUACAUUUCGUCCGAGGGGAAAUGUCAGCCCAAAGGAGGAUUUUACGCCCGUCCUCUUGGGACAUGCUCGACUCUAUGUUUUGGCCGAUAAAUACGGCAUUAAACUUCUCCAGUCGCUCGCUCUCAACAAGCUAUAUCACACCCUCAAGAGCUUCAAGUUGUACGAACGCAGUGUGGGUGGGAUUAUUGAAUUCGUUCGAUUCACAUAUGCCAAUACACUGGGAGAUGUCUAUGGUAUAGACGACCUGAGAGACUUGACCAGACGAUAUAUGGUUUCGGUUAUUGGCCAGCUUGGAGGGAACAAAGAAUUUAAAGAGUUGCUGGGCGAUGGUGGUGAUUUUGUGGUGGAUUUCUGGGAUGUCGUGUGGAGGGACAAUGGAUAUUCUGCACACCGGAAGGUGAACGGUGGAAGGACCCUGAAUGGCUACACUCUACUGAAAUAGUACCGUAUAAGCAGGUCAUAUCAUGACUCUGCAGGAUUCAACAUGUCUGCAAUCUUAGUUUCUAGACUUUGCCAACCAAUCUGACUGUAUAUUCUCCACGCGAU